CGCGGCCGGACACUGGCUGCGGAUGUGGGUCUCCCAAGGUGUGCAGCAGCGGAGCGCAAUCUCGGGCAGACAACCGGGUUAGACUUUGAACUUGGUGCUGCCGAAAGAACCGUCUGCGUGCAGACUUUACACUGAAACUCGGCAACAGAGUGCCCGGGACUGGAAGCCGACCACCGGCGAUGACCCGUGCCGUCUGGUUGCUGGUGCUGCCGUGCCUGCUGGGGGCAGGUCUGGAGGCGGCUGGCCGCCGCAGCCGCCGGGAUCUGAGCCCCGGGCUGCACCGCGCCGGCCUCCGGGAUCCUCAUGGGACGUACUGCCGGCGGCUGGGCUCCUGCUGCCCCGGCAGGGACGAUGCCUGCACCGUGCCUUACAUCGACACCAUCUGCUAUUGCGACUUGUUCUGUAACAGAACCGUGUCAGAUUGCUGCCCGGACUUCUGGUCGUUCUGCCUCGGCACCCGGCCCCCUUUCCACUGCAGAGACGAGUGUUUGAGGAAUGGACUGCUUUAUCCUGCUGGAGCGACCUACAGGGAGAACUGCAAUCUGUGCACCUGCAGCGGUGGUCACUGGGACUGUGAGCAACAUGCUUGUCUCAUCAAUGAGGAAAUGAUCCAGAGCAUCAACCAUGGAGACUAUGGAUGGGAAGCUUCGAAUUACAGCCAGUUCUGGGGAAUGACUCUGGACGAAGGAAUCCGGUACCGGCUGGGUACCAGGCGGCCCUCCAGCACCGUGCUGAAUAUGAACAAGCUGAGUAUGGACAUGGACAGCAAUGAUGUCCUGCCCAAGCAUUUCAAUGCCGCUGAUAAAUGGCCAGGAAUGAUCCACCAGCCCAUGGAUCAAGGCAACUGUGCAGCAUCGUGGGCCUUUUCCACAGCAGCCGUGGCCUCUGACAGAAUCACCAUCCAGUCCAUGGGCCACGUGACAGCGACCCUGUCUCCGCAGAACCUGAUCUCCUGUAACCGGCGGAAGCAGCAGGGCUGCCAGGGCGGUCGGAUUGACGGUGCCUGGUGGUACCUGAGGCGACGUGGGGUGGUGUCGGACAGCUGCUACCCUUUCUCCAGCUCGGACAGCCUUCACCUCGGAUCCCAGUGCAUGAUGUCCACCCGGUCAGCUGGGCGGGGCAAGAGGCAGGCCACAAUGCCCUGCCCCAACCCCGACAGCCACACCAACCAGAUCUAUCAGACUACUCCACCCUACCGCCUCUCCAACAACGAGAAGGAAGUGAUGAAGGAACUGAUGGAGAACGGGCCUGUCCAAGCCUUGAUGGAGGUACAUGAGGACUUCUUUGUGUACAGAAGCGGCGUUUACAGGCACACCCCAGUGAUGGCCAAGAAACCGGAGAAGUUUCGUAGACAUGGGAUGCACUCUGUUAAGAUUACAGGAUGGGGUGAAGAGCGUGGACCCAAUGGACAGAUCCGCCAUUACUGGAUUGCUGCCAACUCCUGGGGGAUGAACUGGGGAGAGAACGGAUACUUCAAGAUUGCCCGGGGUGAGAAUGAGUGCGACAUUGAGACCUUCAUUCUCAGUAGCUGGGGACGAGUGACCCUGGAGGACGUGCAUCGCAAGUGAGAACCCAGCCACCCUGUCUGUGGCCCAAGGACACCGAACGGUCUCCAGUUUGGAAAAGACCCCCCUUCACCAAGCUAACCCCUUUUCCUCAAUCUGCAACCUUUGGUAUCCAACUACAGUGAUAAAUGGACCAUAAUCAGCAAGUCACGUACAUCAGUACAUGUCAGGACAGAGCUCAUGAAUUACCCAGAAAGAGACACGUGUGUGAACCUAUUCUUUCCAGCAAUAAUGAGCCAUGAGAUGUUGUGCUGCACUUAAAUGGUGUGAGUGACAGUGCUGUGGGAGAGCAUCACUAUUCAUCCGGGUGAACAGAGUGGAAGUGCCUUCAGCCGUUAACGCCCCAGUAUCCAUAGCGACUGGAAAUGUCACAUAUUCAGACCCUCCUGCCUCCCUGGUAUAGCCUACGGUUGAACUUGUGAACAAUGGGAGACUUUCCCUGAUGGUUUGGUUUGGCGAUGUGACGCAGUGCUGUGGGAGUUGUGACGGGAAGUGUCCUGGAGGGUGGAGAUGGGGAUUGGGUAGCUAGCUGUGUCUCGUGUACAGUGAAACGCACAAUGACUAACAGAAUCCAAGGCUGUGCGGGGGCAGUCCGCAACUGUUGCCAUUUUUCCAGCGCCAACACAGCAUGCUUACUAACCCUUAUUAACUAAGUGUAUCUUUAGGAUGUGGGAGGAAAUCGGAGCAGCCGGAGGGAAACCACACAGAUCCCAGGGCGAACGUACAAAGUCCUUACAGACAGCGGGAGAAUUGCUGGUGUUGUAGCAGGGUCAUUGACGCUAACCACCACACUACCAUGCUGCAGAGAGUGCCUCUGAACUGUCACUCCCUCAAACAGGAGUCUCACAACUACCGGUGGUGAUUCUGAUUCAAAUCCGGAAUUUGCACUUGUGAAUAAUUGCCAUUUUUAUGCACUCCAUGAAACCUAAACCCUGCAGCAGCUCAGACAUCUGUAAACACAAUGAAUUGCAAACUCAGGACUGGCUGUGAUUUAUAAAUCAGGGCUAAACAAUUUGACAGGAGAGCAGGAUGGCAAGGGAUGUGGAGCAAUGUCAGGAGCAGAGGUUUGAAGUGCAAAUCAGGAAUGAUCUAAUGAAAAGGGAGAAUGAUCUUAAGGAUGUGGUGCCCCGAUGAUUCCAGGGGAUCUGCGCAGCCUGGCUGAUAACAGCCAGGGGUGACAGCAGCUGCCAACAGAGGAGACUUAGAAAGUCACCAAGGAGAAGGAACUUUAUAUGUACUCUGUGCAGGGAUGGUAUGGGGAGGUGUUGAUGAAAUUGUCUGGCACUGGGAAGGUUUUCUGAUGUCUGGGUCCUGGAUUGAAAUAAAUGGCAACGGCAGAGCGAUGGUGGAAAACUUGCAACUAGUAAGUAAAAGCACUGCCUGGGAGAAAAUUCAACAAAACUUUCAAAAGGAAAUUUAGAUAAACACUCCAAAAAGGAAACACUUGCAGGGGAUUUGGGCUAAUUGGAUGGCACUUUCAAAGACACAUGAGUUCAGCCUGCACCCUCCUGCUCUGCAAGAUGUCAUGACAGGCCAAUGUGAUGUGGGACAGUGUGUGAUGACAGAUGGAGUAAUAUCUAAUUUUGACUAUUCCCAAACUAUGCCCAGUGGAUCUCAUCCACUCUUGCUUGGUUUCUAGACAAUCAGGUUUGCAUAUUUAUGGCACUUUCCAUAAGUUUUGUGCUUUGCUGAAUGCAAAUAUCUUUUAUAAAUGUCAAAAUAAAAAUAAAAGUCACCCAUUGUCAAUA